GUGCUGGAAGAGCUUAGCAGAAGAUGGACUGUUUGUUGUAUAUGUGUUUGAAAAAUUAGUCCUUGGGUGCAUAGCACAUAGCAGCAACCUGAGGACAUUUUAAAUCUGGACGCUUUCUUAGAUUUGCAGAACCUAAUGAAACUGAAAUGAGUCCAGAUUUACUUAUAUAAGGGCAGAAUAAUGACUUUAAAACAAGGGCUAUGCAGCCUGUUGGCAUGAAAAAAUCCUUGAUGCCAGUUGCUUAUGUUUAAAUGAAGAAAAAUAUGUGACUACAUUGUAUUUUAGAAAUUAUACAAUGUGAGAGAGGAACGCAGUGUGUAGUUCUGAGAUGCCACAGAGACUGUGGCUGAUGAAUGCUGACAGGCUGCACAUGGGUGGAGGAUGAGUGUUGGAAGUGUCUUGGCCAAGAUGAGUAGAUUCCACGUCAGUGACAAAAUGUUCAGGGUAACUUCGCCACUGCUAUGAGAAAAUUCAAAUACUGGCUUUAAAAGGUAAAAGGAGCUGCGACAAAGUGUGUUUCCCCCAAAGUCACUUCCUGAGAAAAAUAUCUUCUAAAAACAAAUCAAUCUUGAUUGCCAAGCAGAAUGAUUCUCUGAGAAAGAAGAGCUGUGUGUAUGGGGAAGUGCAUUUUUCUGUUUUUUAACCCCUGUAAAAUGUUAAUUUCAGAGGUUGAGAAUGGCACACUGGAGACAUGUAAGAGGCUGUCAGAUUUUUUCACCAAUGCAGAGGGAGGGUUAUUUUUCACUUUUUAAUAAAAAGUGUCUUACAAAUAGGAAGUGUGAAUAUGUUAAAGAAAAGGAAAAGGCACCACCAACUUCACUGUUGUUAAAAGACCUUUCAGUUGUUUCAUAUUUUUUUCUUCCUUCUCAAGAGUCAUAAUUUUUGUAGGAUAUGUACCAGUGUAGGAUAUAUACUACUUGUUGUUCUUCAAAAUGGUCAGUAUUUCACUGGAAGAGUCAUAAGGAAAAAGGAUACAAUUAGAAUUUUUUCUGUCUUUUCUUUCUGUUAUGACCAUGUUUUCCCAAAUAUUUUUUUCUGUGGGCAUUUUUUUUAGUAAAGGAACAGCUCUUCAGGUUAUAGUUAACCACAAGACUUAGAGUUGGAAGUAUGUGGUUUAUUUUCUUUCUGAAUCUUAAGUCAUCAUUUCUAGUGGAUUUCACUGUGUGUUUGUAAUCAUAAAUGAACGAGUUAAAAAUACUAGGGCUAAGAUUGCCCAGCAGUUCUACUGCUGACGUUACCAUGCAAGGUCCUCGGCAGAUACAACAUCCACGUGAUGCCCGUACAGAGACUGGCUUAAAAAACUCUAGUGAAUUUAAGUUGAUAACCUCAAACAGCUGUCACCAUGAAAAUAAAAGUAAUGAAACAUUGCAGAUUUAGUUGUCUUUUAUCUAGUAUUGGUAUUUAACUCUUAUAUAAAGUAAUCUCUCAAAAAUGUAUUGGUUUUAAAUGUUUUAUUUGAAUUCAUUACAUUUAUUGCCCAGAUUAUUCUUUGCUAUUUUUAAAAGGAUUUAGGCAUGUCUUCUAUGCAUGUGUGUUAAAUUGGUGUACUGUUGGUGUAUUUUUGCUGUUAUAACAGGAAAAGCAUUCUGACUUCUUUUAAAAUGAGCAAUCGUAUGUAUAAGCAACUUGGUUAAAACUUCCUUCCUGGUAAGUGCAGCACUUCCUUUGCAUCUGGAUAUGAGGGCAAGCAAGAAAAGCAGAACAGCUUAAACAAAGAAACGUUUUGUGUGAAUGAUCUUCCACUAAAAAAAUAGGAACUUCAAAAAUUAAACAAAUGAGUCGUCUUCGGCAAUUCAGCCUUUGUUUUAUAAGCAGAUUUCUUCUGGCAUGGAGUUGGGGGAUCAUGAACAGCCUGUUGUUAUGAGAGAGGAAAACAAACGAAGGAGAAGAAGAAUGAAACCUCAUUGUACAUCGAGUAGUUUUUCAUCAAUGGAACUGAUAUCCAUCGAGUUCGUUUUACCUACAAGCAAUAAACAUACUAAAGUACCAGAAAUGAUGUUACUUGAAAUAGCUGGCAACUGUACGGUUGAGCAAAUGAAGGCUCAGAUUUGGAUGCGUGCAAUAGAGAUGAGUCAAACCACAGACUUCUACCAUGCAUUCACCCCAGAUCAGUUUGUCCUGCAGUAUCAGAAGAAAGGGCAAUGGUAUGAAAUUUAUGAUAAACACCAAGUAUUGCAGACACUGGACUGCAUACUGUACUGGAAAGUGUUACAGAAAAAGGUAGGCAAGAUUUACGUUGUCCAGAAACAAAAACCAUCAGAAGAAGUUCAGGAAUUUCAGCGGCAGCUUAACGAUUUAAUUGGUUAUGAUGUCACUGAUGUAAGCAAUGUGCAUGAUGAUGAGCUAGAAUUUACCCGUCGCAGAUUAGUCACUCCACGAAUGAUAGAGGUAGCCUGCAGAGAUCCUAAAUUGUACGCAAUGCACCCAUGGACUACAUCUAAGCCACUCCCAGAAUAUUUAUUUAAAAAGAUCACUAAUAAUAACAUUUUCAUAAUCAUACAUAGGGGAACAACUAGUCAAAAAAUUAAAGUGUCAAUAGAUGACACUCCAGAUAUGAUUCUUCACAGCUUUUUCACCAAAAUGGCAAAGAAAAAAUCUUUGAUGGACAUUCCUGAAGAUCAUAGCGAGCUGGAUUUUGUUCUCAGGGUUUGUGGCAGAGAUGAGUACAUUAUUGGAGAGACACCAAUCAAAGAUUUUCACUGGAUAAGACAGUGCCUUAAGAAUGGGGAAGAAAUCCACCUUGUCCUAGACAAUCCCCCUGACCCGAAUGAGGAUGAGGUUCAGAAGGAAGAAUGGCCCUUGGUGGAUGACUGUACAGGAGUUACAGGUUAUCACGAACAAUUGACAAUAGAUGGAAAAGACCAUGAGAGAGUUUUCACUAUCUCAUUGUGGGAUUGUAAUAGGAAAUUUAGGGUGAAAAUAGUUGGCAUUGAUAUUCCAGUUUUACCAAGAAAUACUGAUCUUACUGUGUUUGUGGAAGCUAACAUUCAGCAUGGGCAGCAGCUCCUUUCACAGAGGAGAACUUCAUCGAAGCCUUUUACUGAGGAGGUUCUAUGGAAUAUUUGGCUGGAGUUUGAUAUCAAAAUUAAGGAUUUGCCUAAAGGAGCACUUCUGAAUCUUCAGAUAUACUGUGGCAAAGCACAGGGGCCUUCCACAAAGACGAACCUUCAGUCACAUGAAUCCUCCAACUCUGAUACAAAAUGCAAAACCCAGCUUCUCUAUUAUGUAAAUCUUUUGUUGAUAGAUCACCGUUUCUUGCUACGAAGUGGGGAGUACGUGCUCCACAUGUGGAAAAUUCCAGGCAAGGGUGAAGAACAAGGAAGUAUCAAUGCAGACAAACUCACAUCAGCAACUAACCCAGAUAAAGAAAACUCAAUGGCUAUCUCUAUUGUGCUGGACAAAUAUUGUCACCCAAUUGCCUUGCCCAAGCACAGGAUAGCAUCAGACCCCCAAGGGGACAGGACCCGAGCUGAAAUGCCCAACCAGCUUCGCAAACAACUUGAAGAGAUCAUAGCAACUGACCCACUUAAUCCACUUUCUCCUGAGGACAAAGAACUGUUGUGGCACUUCAGAUAUGAAAGCAUAAAGCACCCCAAGGCAUAUCCUAAGCUGCUUAGCUCUGUGAAAUGGGGACAACAAGAAAUAGUGGCCAAAACAUACCAGUUGCUAGCUAAAAAAGAGGUUUGGGAUCAGAGCACUUUAGAUGUUGGACUCACGAUGCAACUUCUGGACUGUAACUUUUCAGAUGAAAAUGUCCGAGCAAUGGCAGUUCAAAAACUGGAAAGUUUAGAAGAUGAUGAUGUUCUUCAUUAUCUUUUACAGCUUGUGCAGGCUGUGAAAUUUGAGCCAUAUCAUGACAGCGCAUUAGCCAGAUUUCUGCUAAAACGUGGUUUGAGGAACAAAAGAAUUGGUCACUUCUUGUUUUGGUUCUUGAGAAGCGAGAUUGCCCAGUCCAUGCAUUACCAGCAGAGGUUUGCGGUCAUCCUCGAGGCCUAUCUCAGGGGCUGUGGGAAGGCGAUGCUGCACGACUUCAUGAAGCAGGUUCAAGUCAUUGAAUUGCUACACAAAGUCACAAUGGAGAUAAAAUCAGUUUCUGCAGAAAAGUAUGAUGUUACUUCUCAAGUUAUUGCACAGCUGAGACAAAAGCUUGAAAAAUUACAGAGCAGCAAACUUCCAGAAAGUUUUAGAGUUCCAUAUGAUCCUGGCCUAAGAGCAGGAGCCCUGGUGAUAGAAAAAUGUAAAGUAAUGGCAUCUAAGAAGAAGCCCCUCUGGCUUGAGUUUAAAUGUGCAGAUCCAACAGCUCUGUCAAAUGAAACCAUAGGCAUAAUCUUCAAACAUGGAGAUGACCUCCGUCAGGACAUGCUCAUUUUACAGAUUCUUCGAAUUAUGGAAUCCAUUUGGGAAGCAGAAUCCUUGGACCUCUGUUUGUUACCAUAUGGUUGUAUUUCUACAGGGAACAAAAUAGGAAUGAUUGAAAUUGUGAAAGAUGCUACAACAAUUGCCAAAAUUCAACAGAGCACAGUUGGGAACACUGGUGCAUUUAAGGAUGAAAUACUAAACCAAUGGCUCAAAGAGAGAUGCAUGAUUGAAGAGAAGUUUCAGGCAGCUGUGGAAAGAUUUGUUUACUCUUGUGCUGGAUACUGUGUGGCAACCUUUGUACUUGGAAUAGGUGACAGGCACAAUGACAACAUCAUGAUUACAGAAACAGGUAACCUUUUCCAUAUUGAUUUUGGUCAUAUUCUUGGGAAUUAUAAAAGCUUCCUUGGAAUUAAUAAGGAGAGAGUUCCUUUUGUGCUGACUCCAGAUUUCCUGUAUGUCAUGGGGACUUCCGGAAAGAAGACAAGUCUCCAUUUCCAUAAAUUUCAGGACAUAUGUGUGAAGGCUUACUUAGCUCUUCGACACCACACAAACCUGCUGAUCAUCCUGUUCUCCAUGAUGCUAAUGACUGGAAUGCCCCAGUUAACCAGCAAAGAAGAUAUUGAAUAUAUCAGGGAUGCACUGACAGUAGGGAAAAGUGAAGAAGAUGCCAAAAAGCAUUUCCUUGAUCAGAUAGAGGUUUGCAGAGAUAAGGGCUGGACUGUGCAAUUUAACUGGUUUUUACAUCUUGUGCUUGGAAUCAAACAAGGAGUAGAAAAGCAUUCUGCUUAAUAUUUUAUAUAAAUUAGCUGUGGGUGUGAAUAAGAGGUUAGUGAAUCUACGUGUUAUUUAUGAAGUCUGAAUAAAUGAGCAAUCAAAAUAGCCUUUAAUUUGCUGGCAGCUUAAAUGGAUCAUCUAAAAAGGCAAGGACUUUGCUCUGUCCCUCCAGAAGAUCUUCCUGCAGUUAAUUUUUUUUUUUUAAUUUUUAACGACACUUCAAGUUGCUGGAUGGAUUCUAUGAACUAGUUGCUUUGCUGAUGGGGCCUGCAUUUUUCAUGUUUUCUUUGGUAAUAAUUUCAGAUAAAUAUGAGGAGCUUGAGUGAAAUGAUAACCUACAAAUCCCCUGUGACAUUACCUUAAUUUUCAAGUCCUUCAAAACCAGAAGAAUUUAUUUAUAAUCUAUGGUUAUAGUAAAAUCCCUGUAGGCAGUCCAUGCCUGUCUCAGGAUGACUUACACUCAAGUGUUCUUAACCAACAUCCUUCUCUUGUCCCUUCCUCAACAUUUGUCCUUUCUGGACUUUUAAUAUGUUGUCAAUAGAAAAGAGCUUUGGUUCUACCACUGGAGGAAAUUGCCUUACUGUUACUGUAGCCUCCUGACACAGACAACUGAGCUUGACUGUCCUUCCUGCCAGGACAACUUCAUAGUUACCUGGAAGUUCCUCAGGUUUGAACAUGAAAUUCUGAAGGUUUAAUUUCGAAAGAUUUUUUAUUGUACUUUUUAAUGGUGAACAUCCAUAUUAUGUUACAGAUUCUGUUCUUACUGUAAAGUUAUUACAAUUUCACCUGUAUAGUAAAAGCUUUGUAGGAAAAGCAGUGGUAAUUCCUUAUCCCUCAGAGAAAACUCCUUAUAUAAGAGUAAUUGACAUUUGACCAAAUAUUUGAGAAACCCAAAGUUAUUUAUUCUUUGGCAAUAUAUUUUCAGGAUAUACCUAGAAGGAAUUAAAUGUAAUCUUUGAAAUUGUGUAUAUUUUGCUAUUUAUUUUUAAAUUCCUUAAGAGACUAUACUACUGAAAAGCUAUUUAUGAAAGAAAAAAAUCCUUAUCUUUAGUUCCAAUAUUUGAACUUAAAAGAGGAGAAAAUGGGCAGUGUUAAGUAGAAUUUUAACUUCUCUACUGUAGGAUGCCUGCAAAUCAUCAAGUCUGCCUAUGGUAGGAAAGGAAAAAAGGUAUAGCCUGAAUUAGUCUUUAACUUGAAUUAUUAUGGUAUACUUCCUGCUAGUUGAUUUUUACCAAAGAGAGAAGAUGGCUUACAAUAUUGCUUUUUUGCACUUGUGCCCAUGUAAUUUCUUGCUUUAUUGUAGUGUUACAUGGGCUUUACAUUACAUAUAAAUGAUUAACUGAAUUUUUUUAAUUCUGUUAUCAUUUGCUUUGAUCAUUUCUCAGAAUAGUUAUUAUUUUAAAUACUGUUACUACUGAGUGCAUUCUUGAAGGAUUUUUAAUAAAUGUACUGUAAUUGGUGUCUCAGUUAUGAGAUGUAGCCAAUCUAUUCUUGAAAUGUAGAUGUUUAAUUGGUUACUGUGCACAACUAUUUUUUAUGUAUAUGGUAGACUCUAGUUAAGGAAAUCUGUAAGGUUAAAAUGUAGACUGUUUUGUUGUUCUGAUACAUUAUUAUUCUGUGCAAGGCUUAAGACCAUACUAAAAUGUAAACUAAAUGGUGAAUAUUGUCUGUAAAAUUAUGGUUUUAGAUUUGUAUUUUAUAGAUCUGAAAUAAAUGGACAUGUUCUAUUCA